UGCGUCGACCGUACCAUGGUGGCUUCCAUGUCCGCCGCGAGCGCCCAGCGCGGCACGCUGGGACAGGCUCUGGCGUUGAACGCCAAACGAGCCGUGCGAGAAGGAGUCGAAUCUCGAGAUUUUUGGAACAGUGUCGUCCGUAAAACGACACAACUCCUUCCGACUCUAUCUCCUCCUCAGAUAUCUCAGAUUCUCGCUUCCUUAUCGGUAGCUGAAGGACUCGUCGCCAUCUCUGCCAACUCAGGAAGGAUACCAUCUUCUCAACAAAGGAAUUCUGGUUCUAGCACUCAUAACCUUCAACAACUACAUCAGCAUGACGAUGCUGAACGACAAGCAGGUCUGCAAGAUGGAGUAGAGUCUUUUCAAUCUUCAUCUAGUGGAACAUCUUCGUCCUCACAGCUUUGCGACUUAACGCUUUUUCACUCGUGCUGCGAGGCCCUCCACUGCCAUUUAAGACAUGUCAUUCACACUGGUUCAUUGAUUCUUUCCUCUGCCGCUUUUCUUGAUGUUUCUGUUAUCCAUACCUUCCUUGUAAGAAAAGAUCGGACCUUUGCUCAGUCACUCAUGAUUGAAGGUAAAACUAGGCACGACUGUGUUGGAACGUUGAGCAUUUAACUCCUACAACAAGAACUUCACCUGAAGCAAAGAGUCUGUAUCUUUUCUUCUAUCUCCGUCUAAUCUCACUUGGGAAGUGGACUGGAAGUGCCGACGAUUCGCCAUCUUUGAUUUCCUCGUCCGAUGCAAAGAAGCUCUUGUUGGCGUUCGCACGCUUGCGUAUGGUCGACUCGGCCUUAGUUGCACGUUUGCUAUGCACGGCAGUUCUUCUUCACUUCUAUUGUAUCCUAUUGUGUUCUCAAUCUCCCAUCGCCUGAAAUGAAAACUGGGAAAUAGCCUGAGGUCCUAGUAGGUCCUUCGCUCUCCUGCAUUAGAUUUCCUGAAUAGACAACGACCUGAAGCUCACAUACUUGGCUUUUGAACGUUCUAAAUUGCGAAGCGCACUUACUCCAGGGCCCACUGGGUGAGUGGUCUGCGCGUGACUGUGUGCACAUUUUGCGAGCAUAUGCACAACUCAAACUGCCUGUGAUAGAACAGUCUGAACGAACGCCCACAACGACGACGAGGCAAGAAGGUUCCGAUAGUGCCAGGAUAGAGACACCGACUUCACAUCCUACUGGGCAAGACGAUUCAUCCGAUAGCGCAGCAGCCACAGGAACUACGUCAGUGGCUUCUGUGGCUGGUGGCCUUGGGGAAAAGCGUGACAACUAUUCCACUCUGUCGGCCACGUCGAUGCGACCGAAAUCUAUCGAGAAAGGGACCUCUUCGGCUAUUUGCGUCAGAGCACAAGUUCUGCGAGAAAUGUGUCAGAUCAUAGCUGAAGAUGCGCAUGAGCUUUCGCCGCCUGACUUGACUCUGUGUCUGGAGAGCCUCUUUGACCUUGGCGUUGUGGACGACCUUGCCUGUCAAGCGGUGCUUGUGGAGAGCAGUAAGCGGUUACGGGAGUUUCCGAUUAAAGAUGUCUUACGCGUGAUAGAUGCCUGGACGAAGCUGCAGGAACUAUCCUCGAGAGCAGCUAGUACGGGCAAAGCUGAUGCUGCCCUAGAUUCUGUAAGUGGGAACCACAGCGCCGGUAAUCUUCUACUCCGUGUAGAAGAAGAAGUAGUAGAAGGAGAACAUGAGCAUCACGACGACGACGACGCUUUGCAUACUGCAACCAAGACUUGUGGUGGACGGGCAAACGAGGUGGACAAGAGCGGUUCUACAUCUCUGUUGAUUCCGCGUAAAAGUACAGUUGACGAUACUUUGAAAAGUUUCAAAGUAAAAGCUGCGUCGGUUCCUCAGAAAGUACUAGAUAAUAGAUCAACUAGAAGGAAGAGCACCAAAGUGGAGACAGCCGAAUUCGCACUGGGCGGAUCAUCUUUGGAGCGUCGAGGUCGAGAUACUCAGAAACCAGCAACGAACGACUCGUGUUCGAGUGGAGAUGAACAAGUCGUAGACGAAACUGCGAAAAAGGUCUUUUCAAGUACAACAUCUUCCGGUUACGCAUCUUCCCUUAUGCAUGAGGGACUAGAAGCUGAUGAAUCUAAUUUGCCAUCAAAAAACGUGUCAGUUCAAAGCGCGGAAGCUAGUUUGGUGCAGCAUUUGACGUCCUUUGGAUUGGGACAGCUAGCUUUUCACGACAUGGUCGCACUUCUGCGGUGCCUGCAGCGAGGACAGGAGAAGUUUGACGUCCUACUCUUCCACAACAAGCUUUAAGGCUUGAUAGAUUGUAUUCGGGUUUGUACUCUACUAGGUAGAGUUGUAGCACGUGGAGGUUGAUAGGGGGCUUGUUGUAUUUUUCCGACGUGUCAAGUUCAAGUACUUCUAGACUUUGCGUUGUAGAGCAGGUGGAACAUGAUAGAACGACUAUGAUAAUUCAAGUCAGCUUUGCGUUGUAGAGCAGGAACAUGAUAGAACGACUAUGGUACGACUUCUAAGCCUGACUCCCUCGUUUUCGAGCCCAGCUUCGGCAGCUCCAGUUGAAUGCUCCUUUCCGUGACGUGGCUUUACUUUAAGAGUUGCCAACAUUGCAAUUUCCCCUAACAUUCUUGACUUGUUUUUUUCCUACCGGGAAACAAGUCAAGGGAUGGUCUGAAGAAUGCAAUGGCGCAGCCUCUAACUAUUCCUUGAGUCCCUCAGUCGGGUGCCAGCGUUCGGAGCACGUGGCGUGGAACUAGUUCGGGAUUGUGUUGAUCUCUUGGCGUCUCUUCCAUUAAGGCCAAAGUCGUGUCUAUCAACAAUUUAAAGAGUCUCUUGAUUGUUCAAUUUCAUACAGCAGGAUUCGAAUUCAUGAUAUUGGUAGAUUUCUUAUUUUGGUAGUAGUAGUUUCGAUUCCGAAGAAACCCGCAACACCUGCCUCUUCUAAUUACCACGCAUUCACGAGACCUCGCAUCGCUCAAUGUCGUUGUCUUGAGUCUAUACCACUUGCGCGACGUCUUGGGGUGUGAUGCGUUAGAACAUGCCUUGUGCAGAGGAGGUAGCGACCCGCGGCGGGUUUUUGAUGAUGGGCGACCAGUCUACUUAAGGCGUUGAAAUGAUAAUGUUAGGUGCUAGUUCUCUAGAACUUCUACGUGAUUAUACAGCUCCUUAGAUGAUCAAGUAAGGAUCGCAAGCGCAACACGGAGCGUUCACAUGACAAGGAUAAUGUUUCAGUGAAGUAGAUUGUCGUUGUUUUUAUGUCGCUGGCGGAGUAGAGCAGAAGCGUAGGAUCGAUUCUCCAAUUUUGUUGUUUGAGAUCACUCUACUUUACUUGUAAGCUUGGAAAUAUCUUCCAUGAUCUCUGACAACUCCUGCCAGUGGGAUUCGAUCUUUGUCUAACAUCACAGCAGCCAUCAGAGAAAGGAGGUUUGCUAGACUUAGAUCGUGGUCUGUUGCUGGCCUCUUCGCGUCGCAGUGCUGGUGUUGGGUACGAAUUGAAGCAAAUUCGAGCCCUGGAUAAGAUCCUAGAACUGCGGUUCAUCAGGAAAUCGAGUACUAGUAGGCAUUGCAAGGAUCAUGUUCAUGGCGUUCUUUCAGACUGUGCUGGACCUCGCGGAGACACGCAGCUCGAAUUUGUUAAUAUGACACAGAGACAGAAGGUCCAUUCUUCACAGACAGAGGAAGCUGAAGAAUACAUCACAGCAGAAAUAGAAAACUACGCGCAACGAGCCAGAAAUUUUCUCAAGGGCUUUCUUAUGUCAUCUGGCAAUGACAAAAUCUAGCACAACUUGAUGUGUCGUCUAGCGAUGACAAAAUGUAUCACAACUUGAUGUGUCGUCUAGCGAUGACAAAAUGUAGUGUGAUCAUGUUCAUGAGAAUAAAGUAGAGACAAACAGAAACAAACUUAGUGAGAAAUUACUUAUGUAUCAGCUGCCGCAAGCAGCACGAGCAGAUGCUUUGGGAAAUAGGAAUAGUUUUUUCGAUCGCAAACAAUCAAACGACAAUGUCUAUCUGUAACUGUCAAUCAUCAUUGGGACAAGUGUAUCUGCACAUGGGGAAAUGACUUCUAGAAAAAAUGACACAUGAUCAUUGAGAAGCGAAUAAUUUUGUGAAACCAGGAGUGCAGCACAACAAAAACAAAGAAAUUGAUGAAGAAAGCCAACGCAUGGAUGAAGGCGUUGGCGUGAGG